AUGGCGAAACCACCGCCACCCACCUCCACCUCCGACCCCGCGCUCCCAACCACCACCACCACCUCGUCGGCCCCCAAGCCGUCGUCCCGCCCCGCCCCAGCUCGCCUCCUCGCCCCACUCACCGCCUCCGCGCGCUCCCUCCUCGCCUCGGCGCGGCGCUCCCCGGUGACCACGCUCGCCGCCGCCUUCUUCCUCCUCGCGCUCGUCAUGUACGGCGAGGACGCGCGCACCAUCGCCGAGCUCUCCAUCGACGACUACCUCUACCCGGGCGCCAACCUCUACAACGUCUCCGGCCUGCCGCCCCUCGCGCUGCCGCCGCCCACCUGCGACCUCUCCCGCGGCCGCUGGGUCUUCGACAACGUCUCCGUCCCGGCGUACCGGGAGAAGGACUGCACCUUCCUCACCAAGCAGGUCACCUGCCUCGCCAACGGCCGCACCGACGAUAUGUGGCAGUACUGGAGAUGGCAGCCCAACGACUGCUCCCUCCCCACGUUCGACGCCCGGAGAUUCAUGGAGGCGAUGCGCGGGAAGCGGCUGAUGUUCGUGGGGGACUCGCUGAACCGGAACCAGUGGGAGUCGCUGGUGUGUCUGGUGCAGCCCAUCCUGUCCAAGGGCAGGAAGAAGAUCGUCAAGCGGGGCUCCUUCAAAACCUUCUACGCCAAGGAGUACCGCGCCACGCUCGAGUUCUACUGGGCGCCCUUCCUCGUCGAGUCCAACUCGGACAACCCCAACUUCCACAGCAUCAAGGAACGGAUCAUCAGUCCCGAGCGGAUCGAGAGCCACGCUAAGAACUGGAAGGAUGUUGACUACCUCAUCUUCAACACCUACAUCUGGUGGAUGAACAACGCCGACAUCAAAGUCAGGAGACCGAAUUCGAAGUAUUGGUCUGAGAACGACGAGGUUCCCAGGAUUGAGGCGUAUGGCCAGGUGUUCAAGACGUGGUCAGAUUGGCUCAAUGACAACAUCGAUCCUGCCCGGACGUCCGUCUUCUUCAUGACGAUUUCUUCUCCUCACCUCAGCCCACAGAAUUGGGGAAACCCGGAUGGGAUCAAGUGCGUGAAGGAGACGCUUCCGUAUCAGAACUACAGCCAACCCCUGGAUCUUUACCACGACAUGCGGUUGUAUGACCUAGUGGUCAAUGUGGCCAGGUCCAUGGAGAAGGUCCCAGUGUCAGUGAUCGAUAUCACAAAGAUGUCAGAUUACCGGAAGGACGCCCACACGGGCCUGUACACCUUCCGGCAAGGGAAGCUGCUGACGCCUAAGCAGAAGGAAGACCCAGAGAAGUCCGCGGACUGCAUCCACUGGUGCCUUCCUGGCGUGCCAGACGUGUGGAACCAAAUACUCUACACGAGGAUUCUUUCAAAAUCAUCAUGGCAUUCUAAUUUUAGCCCCCCUCCAUCCCAGUCCCUGCCUGUUCCUCCCCAAUGA